UAUUGUCAUUUAUAAAGAAGGAAACAAAUUUUGUUGACAGACUACGUUGCUUCUGUUACUACUACAACUCCAAGAAAAAGCAUGAACGAGAAAGAAGAAACCCUGUAAAGCACUCACACUUCCUCUUCUAUUUUGUCCUGGAGCCGUUUCAAAGAGAGACGAGAACGAUCCUGGCUUUGCUGAGAGAACAAAUGAACGGUGUUGAUCGAAUCAGAACGCCGACGAGGAGAAGAAGUCUAAAGGAACGGCUAGGAUUAAAAAGCAUGGGCUGCUGCGGGACAACCUGGAGUUUCAGACCAAACACGAUUAACUUAAGCGACAGUGAAGACGAAGAACAACACCACGAACACCAACAAGAAGAUGAAGAAGCUACAAAUCAAGUACAAAUAAUAGACCCCGGUCAGGUUCGAUCCGAAAGUACGCCGGAUCGGGAUUGUCUGGACCGGUCUUUAAUUGGCAGUGGCAUGAAUCUAGCGGCCGCUUUGGCGGCGGAGAGACAUUACCGGGCGGCGGAGGGAAGUAACAACGCGAUGGGUCCCAGUAAUAAUGAGAAUGGGAAUGCGGGUUCUAGAACGGGGACAGCACCGGGGACGCCGUUGAGGGUGUCGUUGAUGCGACUGCUGGCGGAAUCGAACGGGUGUGAUGGGGAGGGGAAAGCGGGAGGAGGGGAGGGUGUGUUCGAGGGAGUUGUGGCUAAAUCGAGGCUCUUGUCCCCUCUGCAACCGUUCGAUCCUCGAGAUUCUCGAUAUUUUCUAGUGAAAAAUCACAAUCAUUCAUCACUGAUGAUGAUAAAAAUUGGAGCCUUGAUAUUCAGUUCAGAUCAUGUGGGACUUCUUUUGAUUGAUCUUUUAACAGUGAUGAAGGGUAAAUAA